GCGGGUUUUCCCACAAUAUGCCUGCUAUUUUCUUGUUUUUCCGUUUUGUCGGUCUCUAUGUAGUGGCCUCAUCAUGGCUGAGGAUGAUGCAUAUGUAGCUGCUUUUAAGAAAUAUCGAGAAGAGUUUUCCAAGUGUGUUAAUGUAACAGACAUCAUUCUGGCUUUAGGAAACACACUUACCAAUAAUGAUGAGGGACGCAUUAAAGCAGUUUCAAAAUCAGAGGGCAACUCCCCAGCUGCUCUGUGUCUCUGUGAAUGUUUGUUUCGUAGACCAAACUGGAAAGAAAAUAUUGUGAAGGCACUUAGGUCAGAUGAAAUUAAACAAGAUGACCUGGCGAACAGGAUUGAAAAAGAAUUCAGAGCAAUCGAUUCUGAAAGUGCCAAUUCAUCUCAUGGAAGUGUUCCCAAAUCAAAUGUACAAAUUCAAAUACCAGUACAGUUGCCACAAACAACACAAGGCAUUCCAUCUAUGGUUAUAAGCCAAAUUGUAAAUGUCUACAAUGAUGGGGCUAGAUCAAAGGUUAUUAUCUCCACAACUUCUGAUUCAGCAGGGAGUAGGCGUGCAAAUAAUUUUCAUGAUGUGGCACCUGCAGUCCCAGAGAAGGAUAUGAACAACAUUCCAUUAAAAAAGUAUGAAGAGCAGCUUGUUGCAGAUGCUCUUGAUGGUAAACAGAAGAAUGUCCUGAUAAUUAUUCCAAAUGAAGAUGAAACUAGAAGCAGGAUUCCAGCCCAUAUAUGUACAACUCAUUUGCAGAAUCCUGGAGUAGAUGGUGUGAAGAAGCCUAAAGCCAUCUGUCUUACAACAAUCAACAGAAUAAAUUGGUUUGGCAGUCUUCAGAAGUAUGUGCCAAGAACCAUCAGGAUUAAAAGUAUUCUUGACGACCAGAAGGACAUAACAGCGGAGUCUAUGAAAAAUAUUGAUGUCAUACUCUCAACUCCUGAGAUUUUUGAAAGAGCUUUGAACUCAAAAGCAUUAGCCUUCAAGGAGAUCACACUACUGAUUUUAGAUGAUUGUCACUUGAGUUGCCAGAUUCGUCAUCCAUACCGUUCCAUUAUGAAAUCAUACCUUGAAGAAAAACUGACGUCUAAUUCAGCUAUGACAAAAGUAGUUGGCUUAGCAACUAGAGGCAAUUUGCAAAAUCAGGGAGAUGUGAAAAAAGCUGCAGAUAAUCUGAGAAACUUAAUGGGUACCCUUGAUGCUACAUGCAUUUUUGCUGUAACAAAAGAGUCCACAAGAAAGGAGUUUUACAAACAAAGUUUUCCAAAAAUCUCACAGUUUUCCGUUGUUGAAAGACGCCAAGAUAAUACAUUUUGCAGUGUAAUUAGUGAGAUGAUGUCGAAAAUUGAGCAAAAGCUGGAUAUGAGUGCUGGACCAUCACAGCGCCACUCUGAGGAGUAUGGGUUUCAUAUCGCAGAAUUGAGCAAACAGGAGGAGGAAAAACAGGGCAAGAAAAUUAAAAGUGAAAGAUCUGUUCUUUUGAAACAUUUAGCCAUCUAUAAUGAAGUUUUACAGAUGAAUGAGAUAAUGAGGACCAAGGAUGCUUUUGCAUUGUUAAAAAUUUUUUACAGAGAACAUAAUGACGAUGAAUGGCUUGACGAUCUCUACCAAGAACACUUAAGUGAGCUUUAUAAGUUAUCGAAAGAAGGAGACGGCAAGUAUGAAAAUCCUAGACUUGCUCAUUUGAAGAGGGAAAUUUUGGCAAAGAGUGGUGGUGAUUUUAAUGCAAUAAUAGUCAGUGAACAUCGUCAAGUUCGAGAAGCUCUUUACAAUUGGUUAAAAUGUCCUGAUUUCAAGAAUCUAACAAUCAAAUCAUUGGGUAUCGCUGACAAAUCAAGUGACAUAGAGAUCUUCAAUGCUGAACAAAGACUGCUACUCUUAUCAUCUACUGAAUUAAAAGAUGCAAAACUGACUGGUGUGAAAAUGGCAGUGAUCUUUGGCAUCAAGGAUGGGAUCCAUAUUUUCCAGUCAGAAGAUGAUGUCACUGAUGAACUGCUUGAUCUGGUGGCAGAUUUACAGUUCAAUGAAGUAGUAAAAAGUCUUCAGAUCUUACCUGAGUCUGUGAAGCAAGAAAGCAAUCUAAACAAGAAACUUCAGAUAUUGAGAGAAAGUGGAGAGGUCAAAGAACAAAAUAUAUCUAAAGUGGAGAAUGUAAGAGUUGAUGGUUUGAAAGCUGUGAAAUGGGUAACAGAUAAAAGUUAUUUAUUUGAUACAACUGUCAGAGGUCAAACAAGUGAGGGGGUAACAUCUUCAACAGCCAGUAGUGCGUAUAUCAAAAGCAAGUUGUUUACGGAGAAAGAAAAGGGUUCCUCUGUCAAUGCAAGUGGUAAAGCAAUUGAGAAGGAAAGUACAAAACAUAUACCAAGUAUGAGUUCCAAGGUUGAUAUGAAUGCCAGUAGUCACGGUCAAAAAGUUGAAAAUCAAAGUGAGUUAUCAAAGUUUAAGCUUUACUGCCGAGGAGGCAUAGGUCAUAGAAAGUGUGUUUUUGUUUGCUCACUCAGCGAAAUUCGCUUAAUCAGUAGAACAAAUCAUGUAUACAACGAUUUCUAUUGGAAUUGGAGUAAAAUUGAAGUUAGAGAACACCAUGAUGAAGAGAAAAGGAAGUGUGGUACAAAGAAGAUCUACUGCAAAGAAUGUGGUGCCGAUUGGGGCAAUACUUGCAAAGGCUACCCUUGCUUUAAAUUAAAAAGCUUUAUUGUUAGGCUUCCUAAUGGGAAGUGGAUGUGUUUCUCAGAGAGGAAAUCAUUUGGUGUUUCAAUUCCACCAAUGAGCAAUGAGGAUCAAUAGGAAAAUAGAUGGUUAAAGCUCAGCAUUUUUGCAGUUCAUCUUCUGGGCUCAUAUCUCACCGUUAAUUCAUUUCUAUCUUUUGGCAAGAUAGUACUUUAUCUCUUCUCACAGCCUGUGUCAAAAAUUCCAUAAGCUCUUGUAUGCCCAUGUAUAGUCAUAGUGUGCCUAUAUAUGGUCAUGAUGUGACCAUAUUUAGGCAUGUCACAUGUUUGUGUUAGAUAAAAUAUGAUAGUCUGGACAGGGCUUAAUCAUUAAUUCAAGAUCCAAAACAAGAAGCUGCCUAGGGUCUCCAGAUUAGUGCUAUACUUUUUCCUUAAUCUUAAUUCAGCACAACAUAUACUGAUUUUAACAGUGGUUCAGAAACACAAUACUGUAUAAAAUUUACAAUAUCAGAUAAUAAUUAAAGUAUAAAAACCCACCUGUAAUAAAAAGUGAUUCAAAAUUAUAUAGUAAGUUUUCGUUUCUUUUUUAAAUCAAGAUUACAAGUUUACAUAAAAAGUGUGUGGUUGAUAUUGCCAAGAGUUUUGGUAUUAGAGAAUUCCAUAAAUUGGUUGAUCAUAUAGUUAAAUGUUCUUUUACCUUGAUAAAUAUUUGAUUUAUGUUCAUUUAAUUAUAUCUUAUAAUCAUUUAGGUAAAAUAUGAAACCUGUAUAUGUAAUUAGGUAACUUUUGAUGGGUCUAUGUAGUACAGUAGAGUACUUAAAGAGUAUUAUUGCUGCUUUAUUGAUUAUAUUUAAUUGUAUUGUACAGUUUUACGUACCAUUCUGAAGUUAAGGUUAAAAAAUAAAUAUGAUUCGUCAACAAAAAAAUAAUUAAUGAUAGGCCUAUAGCUAGUGCAAUUGUCAACAUAAUAAUAAUACAGUAUAAUAUGUAAAGAAGAUCACAGGAA